UUCAGACAACGCGAAAUGAGCUUCACUCACGUCGGGCCCGAACGCAGAACGUCAACUUGUUUCCCGCCAGUCAUGCGCAGUGGACCUUUUGACUUUUCCCUGAUCUUAUGGCGCUCCCGUUGCCGUCCGCGUUGUCGUUGCUUAAAGUCCCUAUAAAUGAUGGAGUACGCAAAAGUUUACACACGCCUCGUUUUCCACACUCAGCAUGGACAUUACAUGGAAUAUCCAUCUGAUGGAAACUGAAAUGGAAAAUUGAAGUUUUCUACACAUUUUCUACACUCCGCACUUUCCACACUCCGCAUUUUCCAUACUCCGCACUUUCCACACUCCGCACUUUCCACACUCCUCACUUUCCAUACUCCGCAUCUUCCACACUCCUCAUUUUCUACACUCCGCACUUUCUACACCCCGCACACCGCGCUCCGCACUCCGCGUAUUCCACCGAACCAUGAUCCGGCCAGCAAAGCCGAACACAGAUUUGUCAAAAGAGACCUUUUGUUUCUUUUUCCUGUCCACCAACUUCAGAACUAACAGUACACGGCUGGCGUUUUCAGUCUUAGUCCGUGUUGGGGAAACUAACCAAAGUGAUUGCAAGCCAGGCGUUACUGGGAAAGGUUUGAGAGAAAAAAUAGAGCGUGAUAAGAGCUGGUAAACUCUGUACAAUCUUUCUCAACAACGCCAUUUUUCUUCCAACCUAUCCUGUUCCAACAAGAUCCUGAGAAAACUGGGAGGCAUCUGGUCGCGGUGUUUCACCAUGGAGAGAUCAUGACCUCUUACGUGACGAAGCGUUUCGACGUGGCUUCAAAAUGGCGGUCGGCGAGUUCUUCUUUACUCCGUUGGUCCUCUUCAUCGUUCCAAAAUACUGCCACGAUGAAUUCUUUGUCAACUUUAACUUCUUUCACGUUCCUUGUCUGAAGAUUGCAAUUAGCAAAACUUUAGGCUAUGGCAUUGUCGUUGGAUCAGCAAUGAUCAAAAUCCCUCAGAUAAUCAAAAUUCUACAAGCUUCUAGUGUGGAAGGUCUGAGCUUAUUGUCCAUUCUUCUUGAGUUAGUAGCAACGACUACUACUGCAACAUAUAGUUUUGCUAAGGAAUUCCCUUUCAGUGCUUGGGGUGAAAGUUUGUUCAUGUCAAUCCAAACAUGUCUCAUGGUGGUCAUGUACUUUUACUAUACCAGCAGACCUUUGCCUGGUGUUGUUUUUCCUUUCCUGUAUGGUGGCAUUUGUUAUGUGCUAGUGUCUGGCCUAACUCCAAUGUCCUUCUUGGUUCAAUUUGUUUCGCUGAACGUUGUCUUUCUAGUGAUAAGUAGGCUAUUACAGAUAGUCGCCAACUUCCGUAAUGGCCACACAGGCCAGCUUUCAUUCAUCAUGGUACUGAUGCUGUUCCUAGGGGCAAUGGCCCGCAUCUUCACCACAAUACAGGAGACUGGUGACAAAGUCAUGCUGGUGACAUUCCUUGUUUCUACAGCACUGAAUGCAACCUUAGUCUGUCAAGUUCUCUACUACUGGAACGUCAAACCUGAUGUGAAGAAGAAGGAAGCUUAGUCUUAGCUAGUCUUUCUUCUCUUAGUGUGUUUUUAUUUUUUGAUGAUUUCUAGUGUAAGCAUUGGUCUGCACAGUUGUGCAAUUGACAAAGCAUAAAUUUCAAGCAAGUCUUGAAGAGCUUGAGAAAUGUUUGCUCGAUUUAUAAGGGUGUGGGGGUUGGGGGCAAUUAUAACUAAUUUAUGAAUCAUAGUUUGGAUGUGUGUAGUUGUUUCAUAAAUGUAUUCUGUAGGUUUUGUCUUGUUAUUCUUGUACAGAGUUGAAAAAUUUGCCAGAUCUCUGCUGUCAGUGGUUUCUUAUAACAUGAACUUGGAAGUUUAAAGCCUAAUGAAUAAUCAUAAUGUAAUUUACCUGCAACAGUCAAGGAAAAAGUUACUGUCUUUACUUGCAUGUACUGCCACAAGUCAGAGUCAAUCUAAAAUACAUAGGGUAAACAAAAUUUAGGAAGGAGUGCAUAUUAGUGAUGAGCUAUUUUAUUGCAAUAAAAUAAUGUACCUGAGGUUUUUUGGGUGGUUUUUAUUUUAAAUAAAAGUGAUGGUUCUCAAGUGUAA